AUGGCCCCUGGCUGGAUCUCUCCGCCUGAGCCUGGCGCCCGAGCUUCUGUCACCGACAGUGUCGCAGCGAGCGCCUAUCAACCCCAUCUACCUGAAGCCACUACUCCUGUCCCUGACUCUUCCAAGCCCGAUCCUGCUCUCGUGCGCAGGAAACCAUUGCCGCCCACGGCCUCUCCCGUGAUUCCUCCUCAUCCUCGACGAUCUGGUCCUUCCACCUCGUCGUCUUCUUCCCUCUACUCCAACCGCUCCCUCUCGCAGGCUGAUCCUCCGCCGCUGCGCUCCUCCGUCUCUCUCUCUCAUUCCCGGGGCAGCUCUCUUGCAAAUAGCCUCUCAUCCCCUCCUUCAAACUCGGCCGUGCCGUCUUCUGCUGCGCGUGGGGACCCGUCGCUCUUUUCUCGCAGGACCCUGGACAGGUUUCCCCGGGGCAGUCCUCUUAAGACUCCGCUCCGUAUAGACACCUCCGCCUCCGCCGUGAAUGCAGACGGCGACGACACCGACGAUAGUGACGACGAUAUAACUAAUUUAUAUGAAUCGCAAUUCACGAAUGGGACUCCACUGCAUAGUCGUCUCACCAGCGAACCGUUCAUCCCCGUCCUUCCCUCUCCUGCAUCCUCAAACCACAGACGUGCCAGGACUAUGGCCUUGCACCCACCACAAAACCGACCACCGCCUCUACACAUUGAUUCCAGCGCGCGAGGCAUGCCCAAUGGUGUGAACGACCCCCGGCAACCGAAAACUCCUGGGAGCAAAAUCAGCUCCUUCUUUGGCUGGAAAGCCGCUACAUCUCCUGGGGGCGAGUCCUCCAGCACAGAAAUCUCCGACGGUGGCCGAUCUCCGCUACCGUCACCCAUGCCUCCAUCAAUACCUAGUACCUCUUACUCUAUCACACCCUCCACCUCAGUACCCUUCGACCCCAGCGCUCGACCCAUUGGAAACUACCCCAUGCGCAAUGGCUCACUCAGCAGCACCAGUAUACGGGAUUCAGCCCCUUCAGCCCUGGUGGCGGAGUUGGAGAAUGAGCUGCGGGAAAUCAGCUCUGAGCUGGCGGGGUCGAUUCGACGGGAGAUGGAGCUAGAAGAUUUGGUGGAGAGGUUACAAUCUGAGAUGCCAUCGGAAGCACCGAACAGGCGUACCAGUGAUUAUUUCUCGGACUCGGGAACUAGCUCUAUCCGUUACGCUUAUGAGUCGGGUGGGCGUGUUGAAGAUAUAGAAAAAUAUAAGCGCGCUGCAGAACAAGAGCGCGCUCAGCUCCGGGUCGAUGUCGGCCACAAGCUUCAGGAGGAACGAACUCGCCGGACAGCGUCUGAAUCGCAUGUCCAAAUGUUGGAAGCUCAGGUUGCUCAGCUCCGACGCGAAAGGGUUGAAAUCUCCGACUUAUCUUCUAAAGCUCGCGAGCUUGAAAGUGCUUUGGAGGGCACUCGCCGCAAAUUGACAGAAGAACGUCAAAUAAAAGACAACUUUGAGGAUCUUCUAACCGCUAUGCGAGUUGAGCUGGAGCAGCUUCGUACUGAGCGAGACUUGCUUAAAGAAGGCAAGCCUCUUACUGAUCCAGCUGAAGUGCAGCAGUUGAAGGAGGAAAUCGAAGCUCUGAAGAUCGAAAACGCAGCCCUUUCACAGUUGGGAGGCGGACGAUUCGCCUCGAUUGCGGAGGAGGAUAACGCACCUAUGAAACGGAACAGUGCCUUUGGAUUAUCACGAUCAAACUCUCUGGCUCGCAUGCCCCCUAAGGGCUCGUCCCGAUCUGGUUCGCUAUCGAGGUCAAACUCAGUUUCAGGCAAGGACCGUGACACCCGAGAAUCCCUGGCGGAUCGGGUGGAAGGCGCCGAGGCCCAGCGUGAUGCCCUCCAUGGCGCUCUUAAACGCCUGCUUGAUCGACAGGCCUACGAAACGCGGCAAACAGAGAAGCGUAUCAGAGUCAUGGAGAUAGAAUUGGCCCGCUCACAGGAGACCGGCUCUCCGCGCAAGCUGGGUUACGAGCGUGAGGUGCGUAAUCUGCGCGAUGAAGUGAACCACCUACGGCUGCGCGCGGAGGAUGCCUUGAAUCAAAAAUGGCAGUGUGAAAAGGGAUUGGCAGGUCUUAAGAUGGACCUUGAUCGUGCAGAGCAGGAGACUACUUCCCUCCGCGUCCUUCUCCAGGAACAUGACAUUUCUGUUCCCGCUGAGCUCGAGGAUACUCAGAAUGCCUUCGCCGAAGUCAUUGCCACAUCGUCGUCUCUGGAAUCUGCGUAUCAGCAGCUCCAGGCGGACCGCGAACACGCAGAAGCAAGUGCCGCGCAGUCGCCACAGGACUCCGGUGAGCUCGCAGAAUCUGUCACCCGGACAAACAUGCUAGCACUACAUGUGCGCCAGCAACUAGCUACAAACACUGCCCUUCGCAAGCGCCUCUCAGACGCUAUUACCAAGGGCGAAAAAGACCAACAGCUAUCUGCAUCGAGAAUCAACGAUAUGCAAACAAGGUUGAAGGAAAUGGAAGACGCCCUUCUCUCGGCGCAGAAUCACGCAGAUGACGAGAUUUCUCGUCACGAAGACGAAGUUCGUCAGCUCCAGGAAAGCCACAGCGCUCAGCUCCUGCGCUUGAAGAGCGGGGCUCACAGCCCUGCCUCCUUGUCGCCCAACCCCCCCAGUACCCCGUUCAUCACUCGGUCACCACGCCUGGACAAGACCACGAGCGGCGACGGCGUACCGCUGACCCACGUUGUCAAGUCUGACACCCUGGACCAGCGAGUCAAGGAGCUCGAGAAGCUGCUGCGCGUAGCGGACCGCGAAAUGGGCGAGGUCGUCAGUCGGAUGAACCGUGCCCAGAUCGAUGUGGCCGAACUCCAAUCCGCUCGUGACGAGGCCCUCCGCGAAACCCGCCGUCUCCAGGCAGAGAUCCUGACAGAGCGCAACGUCUUCAAGAACCUGCUUGGUCAAAACUAA